UCGACCUCCAACCACCCCAUUUCCUCGCCAACGGCCGGCUCCACCGCCACAGCGCGUCUGCGCGCACCAUCCCUAUCUUUCUCGCGCUAUUCCGAAUAAUCGCUAUGAUUUAGUGUCGCUCCGCGACUUUGAGCCCUGCACGACCGGUACCUCCCGCACGCCCAGCGGUGACGGCAGCCAUCCACCUCGCCCUGAGCGCCUCACCCAUCCAUCACGCCCCAGGCUCCGCAGUGCUUCAACUAGUACAGAGCUGCCAUCGUUCCAUGCGCAACUCUGUCGCUACUAUUGUCGUGCGUGUUGUAUAGAACUGUAGCGUGUGCCGCGGUAUCCCUGAGGUUCACGUUGUUCGCGGCUCCCGCUGCACGAUCCCCCGAUCGCCGCUACCAAACGCGUCCGGCUGCCACAAACACAAACACAACCAUAACGCCUGCCUUCACAAUGGCGCCUUUUAUAUUCAACGGCGGGCCGAGCUCGCCGCUGACCGACCCACCCUCCGACUGCGAAUCUGAGCUCACCGUCCUCACACGCUCCCCUUCACCACCUCCAGAAUUCCACGCACGAUCGUUGCCCUCGCCGUCCUCGUCGCGCCGCUCUUCGGCCAAGACAACCCCCGCACCCGAGGACAUGCCGUCUCCACCUUCCAGCUGCGAUGAAGACCUGCGCCCGGCAAAGAGGAGGAAGCUCGCGCCCACAACAGAUGCUAACGGGCGCACAACCCACUAUCUUGACCUGACACAAGACAUCACCGACGAGGACAAGCCACAGCUCCAGCGUCUGCUCGCUGUACUGCACAAGAAGCGCAAGAUUGUAGUAAUUGCUGGUGCCGGAAUCUCAGUGUCUGCGGGCAUUCCUGACUUUCGGUCCGCGACAGGCUUGUUCACUACGCUCAAGAAAGAGCAUGGGCUCAAGUCAUCUGGCAAAGAUCUCUUCGACGCGUCUGUCUACCAGGACAAUCAGUCCACCGCUACAUUCCACGCCAUGGUGCGCGGUUUGUCCACCGAGACAAAGAACGCACAACCCACAGCAUUCCACCACCUCAUUGCAACGUUAGCGCAGGAGGGCCGUCUGAUGAGGCUCUACACUCAGAACGUCGACGGGAUCGAUACAUCAAUGCCUCCUCUGAAGACCGAGGCACCUCUGCCAAAGAAGGGACCUUGGCCCAAGACCGUCCAGGUGCAUGGAGGCCUUGAUCACAUGGUCUGCUCAAAAUGCCACAAGCUAUACCCUUUUGAUGCCGCGCUAUUUGACGGACCCACCGCGCCGCCAUGCCCCAGCUGUGUGGAGAUUGACAUGGUCCGUCAGGCUGCAGAGAAGCGCACUCACGGAAUUGGAUGUCUACGUCCUCGCAUGGUUCUCUACAAUGAGCAAAACCCCGACGACGAAGCGAUCGGCUCUUGUGCUGCUACGGAUCUUCGCAUGCGACCAGAUGCAGUCAUCGUGGCCGGCACCACGCUCAAGGUCCCUGGAAUCCGCCGCAUCGCCCGUGAGAUGUGCAACACCGUACGCGACAGGAAAGACGGUGUCGCCGUAUGGAUCAACAACGACCCAGAACCUCUUGGUGUGGAUCUGAAGAACGCGUGGGAUUUAGUCGUCACCGGACCAUGUGAUGAAGUUGCUCGCCACGCUGCGAUGCGUAAAUGGGAUGACCCGAUGGAGUUCAAAGAGAUUAGUGACGAGGAGUUGUUCAAGGCUAAGGAGAGCAAUAGGAUUGAGGUGGUUGUCGGCACUCCUAAGAAGCCUGGUGUGUUCCGCAACGCAGGCCAGCUGACGCCCGGUCAAAGUCCUCGCAUGCUGCCCAAGAACGCUGUCAAGCAGGAGCCGGGUACGCCAUCGAAGAAGGGCACGAAGCGGAAGUCUGGCGCGCAAAUGGAUCUCCUUGGUCAACUGGCAACGAAGGGUCCCGCAAAGAGAGCACAAGCGCCGAAGAAGGCUACAGGAGCGAAGGGCAAAGCCAAGAGAGAGACGAAGAAGGAAGGACCUGCGCUCAACAGCAUAUUCAAGGCCUCGAAGGCGACCACAAAGACUGCGGGCAAGCCAGCCAAGAAGCUGCAGGACGCGCCCGUUAAGCUUGCUCCCCCAUCGAAGUCGAAGACACAACCAGGCCCGGCCAAGAAGCUCACCGAGGUCACUGCAGUAGCGACGCGCGAGACGCCCUCGACACCACGAGGCGCUCGAGUCACCAAGUUCAGGUCAGGGCUGGUGAUGCAGCCAGUAUCGGAGUCGGAUCGCCGCAACAACCAGUCGCCAGUGCGUCCCGAGAUCGAGGUGUUUACGCCAGUCAAAGACCGCACGCCUUGUGAGCAGAUCUACGAAGAGCUUGCUCGCCCAUUUGUUGUGUCACCAAACACUGACUCUCGUCCUAGCUCGUCUAGUUCGCAGAGGAACGACAUUGUGAGGCCCGACUCGGUGCCCAAUAGUAUGGGCAACCUGCUAUGCUGAACAAAUGCAUUUGACGGAGUUAUUGGGUUUGGGGUCUAUCUUAGCGGAUUCUCCAGGUGACGGAGACGGUUGCAUAUGCGGCGCACUUAUCGAUGACAUGGGUCAUGGGGUGUAUGAGUAGGGCCUGGAGCAUUGAUCUUCCAGCAUCGUAUAGGUGCAUGAUACCCGGGUAGCCCUGGUCACUAGUACAGGGCUUCUGGAAGAUGGCUGUUGGAGUUUGUAGACGCAGAGUAGUUUCCUGCAGCCAUGUUAGCUUCGGCUUUUUACAUGGCAAAUGAUAUUUAUUGUUCUCCUCGUC